CUAAACCCACAACAGUAAAAUCAGUCUGUAUAUGUAGGAAAGCAUGCUUGUUAUACUCACUGUGGAACCUAAGGGGUUAAUCCUCUGCAUUGUGUAAAAAGGCUGUUUGAUCCUGACUUCUCUGAUCCUCCCCUUAUUCCAGUGUUCCACUCUUAUCUCCUGAUAAGUCAUGUGGAGACACUCUGCACAUGCUCAGUUUGGUGUGUAUUGCUAGUGAGUUGUUUUUUUUUUCUUGUGAGAGUGCAUGUGAUCAGCAUAGGGCCAAUCAGCACUAUCCAGACAGAGUUCAGGGGAUCUCCAUCCUUCUAGAGCAAAAUGAAAACUCCUCUUUAGCUAGUGCUCUGCUGAUCACUGAUAGAAAUGAGAAAAGGUAUUUAGCAGUUUAUAUUUACUAAAAUAAUUGAAUUUCCAUGUAGUGUGUACUGUGGGAGACCAGAUUGAGUGAAU